AUCAGGCUCGCUGGGCUUCUCCUCAGACGUGUUCAUCAUGGACACCAUCGGAGGCGGGGAGGUCAGCUUGGGGGACCUGGCAGACCUGACUGUCACCAACGACAAUGAGCUGAGCUGCGAUCUCUCGGACAGCAAAGACGCUUUUAAGAAGACGUGGAACCCCAAAUUCACCCUGCGGAGUCACUACGACGGCAUUCGAGCUCUGGUCUUCCACCACCGGGAGUCAGCUUUGGUCACCGCCUCGGAGGACGGCACUCUCAAGCUGUGGAACCUACAGAAGACGGUGGCUGCCAAAAA